AUGACUCUAAGUCCGCAUAUUGGUAUUAUCGGCGCAGGUAUCUCAGGCCUCCGAUGUGCCGAAGUGCUCAUCCAGAAUGGGGCCCGAGUAACAAUCCUAGAAGCAAGAGAUCGCAUUGGCGGGAGAAUUCACCAAUCAACAGUUGGCGACCAUGUGGUAGAUCUAGGCCCUAAUUGGAUUCAUGGCGCGGGUGAGAACCCCAUCAUGACCAUAGCGGAAGAAACGGAAACCGUCAUGUAUGAUCCGGAAGGUGGAAGACAUAUCUCCUAUUCACGAGAUGGUCACCCGAUCAACGACGAAGUGAGCGCUAAAGUCCAGGACUUUGUAUGGACUACUAUAGCAGAAGCCUUCAAGUACAGCAAUCAACAUGGAGAAAGCAUUCCCGUCGAGCGAAGUCUGUUCGAUUUCUUCUGCGAUCGAGUCCAGGACACUGCCUUCUCAGAUGAAGAGAAACAACUCUGUCUUGAUGCCUGUAGGCUCUGGGGUACGUAUGUCGGCGACCAAGUCGACAAGCAGAGCUUAAAAUUCUUCCGUCUGGAAGAAUGCGUUGAUGGAAGCAACUUCGUCGUGGCAUCUACAUACAAACGCAUCCUAGCGCACGUCGCCAAAACCGCCAUUGAAAAAGCCGACAUCCGUCUCAACGAACCAGUCACAAACAUCACUGCACCACCUCGCAAACCCCAAUCGAAACACCAAGUAACCGUAACAACAGCCACAGGCGCAAUCUACGAUUUCGACGAAGUAGUCGUAACCUGUCCACUGGGCUGGCUCAAACAAAAUACCUCAGCAUUUACACCUGCUCUCCCACCCCGUCUCGAAAAAGCAAUCGACAACAUCUCCUACGGCAGACUUGAAAAGAUAUACGUGACAUUCCCACAGGCAUUCUGGCACAAUCACACCAGCACUUCAACAACCCAAUCACAAAACACCGUCUUCGCCCAAUUCCUUACCCCAUCCUACACAACUCAUCCCGAAAACACAGAAUGGAAUCAGGAGUGUCUCUCCCUCGCCUCCCUCCCAUCCCCACACGCCCAUCCAACCCUCCUCUUCUACACAUAUGGUUCAGGCGGCGCGGAGAUAAUAAACCGUCUUUCCGGACAUGAACCCUCAUCACUUGAAUACAGAGACAUCCUAAUCUCAACUCUACAACCUUUCUACUCUCGACUUCCUGGAUACAGCGCCGAGAACCCAGAUUGUGUGCCGGUUGCGUUGCUUGCUACGCAGUGGCAGAAGGAUGUGUUUGCGGGGAAUGGGUCGUAUUGUAAUUUCCAGGUUGGGAUUGAAGAGGCGGAUAUCGAUAUUGAGGUUCUUAGGUCUGGGGAUGGGAUUGGGUUGAGUAGGGGUCUUUGGUUUGCUGGAGAGCAUACGGCGCCGUUUGUGGCGCUUGGGACCACUACUGGGGCGUAUUGGAGUGGGGAGAGGAUUGCGAGGGCUGUUUGUCGGGGAUUUGGGAUCGGAGAGGUUGAUGAGAUGGGGGUUAAGGAUGAUUCCUUGCCUUCUGCUGAUAAGCAUUGA